AUGUCAAAAUCCAGCCAGUCAACGAAGUUUAGAGGGGUGGAUGUUGAUGAGCUAGAUGAGAACAAGUUUCAGGAUGAAGGCGACGAAGAUUCAGGACAAAGCGGCCCUGACGAAGGAGAAGUGAACAAUUUACUAAUGCAGUAUCCUUGUCUGUAGCACCGCCAAUUCAUUGAAGCUGACGCUUGAUAAUUAGAAAAUUGAGUCCUAAUAAUCGUAAAAUUUAGUCCAGCUUCUAGCGAUACUUAAUCUCAAAACUCUUGGCAAGGAUAAUUCUUUUGAAGAUCUCCUAUUUAGGGUGACCUUUAUGUAGUUAGUAUUAAACGCCUACUUUAAGUUACGUUACAUGCAUACCAUAAUCUUGCAAACUUUGCAAUACCCUAUGCUGUGUUAGAAAGUAGGUUCAUUAAGUAGGAUAAUGUGCUUUAUAUCGGAGUCCUUUCCAACCAAAUCAAAAGAAUUCUCUAUGAUGUAUGGCUCAGACACCAACAGACUUACCACCAACUGUGUGGUGAGCUGUCAGUUAUGGAGAGACACAGUACACCCAUGUCAAAUGCACAGUAAACCAGACAAAAAGUAGCCUGAGAAAACAGACAUCAUUUCACGAUGCCAGCACUGGAUUCCCUGCAAAAUCACAUCUGAGGAAUGGCUAAAGAAAUUCCAUACUGUUGACAUGUUACUCCCCAGAUCUGGGUAGUACUUCUGAUUGGUUGUGCCUUGAGAUUUGUCUCUAACAAAUCAGAAGCACUACCCAGAUCUGCAGUCAUUCCUCAGACGUCAUUUCAUGGGGAAACCAAUGGUGGGGCAAAAAAUGGCUGCUGUUUUCUCAGGCUAGAAAAAGCAGAGAAGAUGACCUACAAUGCAGGUCAGAUGAUUUGGGAUUGCUUAACACGUGGUAUUAGUCAAGAUGUCUACUUCCAAACCUUCUCCAAAAAACACUGAAUUUUGAGCAUGAUGGGUGCUCUCUUUCUAGAACAUAACUGGGGAAGGUGGGGGCACUAACAUCAUUAUGAACCCAAAGCCAGCAAAAACUCUUUCAUAAGGAGGAAAGUUGUAUGUAAUGAUCACUUUUUUGUCUCCAUUGUAGCAGUUUAACCUAUUUAUUUCAUCGUAGCCUAACUAUUGAGAGCAAGGCCAGUUUGUGAUGAACUGCAAAUCAGAGAAACAAUAUUUGAAUUGAUGCUCAGACCCCAGUACAACAACAACAGUGACCAAAGGUGGAUUGAAAUGUCAUGAUGUAAAUAACUGGACCUAGACCUUCUAUAGUCCUUUGAAAUACAUCAGUCACAUAGAGUCUUCAUCACUCCAAACACUAAGGCUUAAUAACCAACCAUGUCAACUACGGUACAAUGAGAGUAUUGUACCAUCAACAACCCUGUAAAUAUCAUCGUAUAUAUUUUCCUUAACAUUAGUCUAGAAAGAAAAAUGCAGAGGCAUUGAAAGCAGCAUUAACAAAUGCACCUAUCAUGUCCAAGAGUCAAGCUGUCAAGGUAAGGUAUAAAAUGUAUUUUAAACUAAGUGUUACUAUUAAGGUCACAUAGUUCAAGAUAGAGAUGCACAUCACAGUCUUAUCUCUCUAACCAAAUGAGAGAUGCCUCGCAAUUAAGGACAGUCACUAUUCCAUAACACUGAGUAAUGAGACUCGCAUGUUUAUCCGUAGGCUGAGAGAAAAUGAAAUAAUUAUUAUUAAUGCAAUGGUGGUUUUAUGCCUGACUCUGCAUUUUAUUUCUUUGCGUUUCUCAAGAAUAGAUAGGUAUAUUAGAAAGAGAGUGUGAGUAGUGAUUUGUUUAAUGAAACAGUAAGGUUGUUGUUGUUCUUAAAACCAGCAGCCAUUUUUCAAGUUUAAUCCUCUAUGAGCGACCACCCUAUUAUAGACACGAACCAUUUUUAUUGAAGUUGUGUGGCUUCUAUUUUAUAGGACAAGGCUUUUGGACUUGUCAUGCGUGUUUUAACAGCCGUGAAAUCUGCUGAAGUAGAGAAAGCUGUCAAAAACCUUGACAAAAAUGAGCAGGAUGUUUUGAUGAAAUACAUUUAUAGAGGGUUUGCUGAGCCUACUGAAGGCUCAAGUGCUGUACUACUCACAUGGCAUGAAAAAGUAAGCAAACUCUUAUUCUUUGUUAAGACUAAGAAAUAAAAAGCAAGCAUCCUUGUCUUUUAGCUUGCAAAAACAGUGUGCUCUUCUCACUCCUCACUGCUAGGGAUUUUUCUCCAGGAGGGACAUCUGCACCUCAAUGACAGACAUUCCAUACCAAUAACGUUAGUCACAGGGUUCCAAAUCGGUUUUAUAUUGACUGUUUUGUUAUAGAAUCAUCAUGUUUAUUACAUGUUUGACCUUUGUGGCCUGUUGUCUCUUGUCUGUCAUUUGUAAACAGUUGCAACAAGAAUAUAACUACUAUGUUGACCAAUCAGAGCUCCUGACCAGAUUUAGGACAGAUUUCACAUGAUCAGUGUUGAAUUUCUUUCUCUGAGGCGCAGGCGUCUUUCCUGGUGAAAAGUCCCUAGCAGCGAGGAGCAAGGAGAGAUGGCUGUUUUUGUAGGCUAUCUUGUCUUUUGAUAUUCUUGUAGCGCUGAGGCUACAUGAACAUCUGGAACCCCAUGACUAUCAGAUAACUUAUAUAAACACUGAUUUUCAUCGUCAGUAUGGUAUAUUUUAGAAGAUAAUGCAGAUGCAUGCCUCUCUCACAAACAUCCUAGGUGUAAAUGUUUCUUAAUUCUUAUAACAUAACCUGUAGUGUUAACAACAUGCAACCCUAAACCCUCAAUUUAAGAAUAGUAACAGGGACAGGAGGAUUUACAGUCGCUUGGUUCAUCGCCAUGUUUGAGAACCUGACAAAGAGCGUGUCCCACAUGGUUUGCCUUAUUUGGAAAUUCACAAGGGGUGGUUGAAGGACAGCAUUUUUACCAGGCAACACAAAAUGGCGUAUGAACUGCUAUCGUCUUUGCUCGUCAAUCAAAAAGACACAGUCUAAAGAGUUCUGGAUUCCGAUUUUACUGAACAAUAUAAUAACUCACUCAGCUAGCGCACCCUGUAAAAGGUGUGUAAAAAUUGAACCAAAAUCGAAACGUGGAAGCAAAGAAUCGUGAAUUGAACCAAACGGUCAUAAUCGCAAUUAAUUGUUAAACCACUAAGGGAUGACAUGUCAUGUUUGAAUUUACAGUAAAAUAGUUUGUUUCAGCCACGACAAACUGUCCUUGUUUUUUUUUUUUAUGAGAAGUUUGCCCAGAGUCUGUGAAUUGCAGUUCUGAGUUUCAUUUAUUGUGCCCGACAAUAUUGUGGGUUUAAAGUAAUUUAAUAUCAUCAAAUAUUCUCAGAAGUGGCAUCACAAAUGUUAUUGUUACUUUCCUUUUAUUUCAGGUCCUGGCUUCUGCAGGCCUGGGUUCUAUUGUCCGUGUUCUAACUGACAGAAAAACUGUUUAG